UCAUGCAUUAAGCAUCCCACACAAUCUACAAGCAGAGAAAUAAACAGAGGCAAAGGCAAACAGAUAGAAAAUGACUUGCUUCUUCACAAAAGGGUCUAUUCUAAUCAUUCUCCUUUUAGCUAUUUGCUUGGUUAGUGAAGCACAGCAAUGCCGUCCAAGCGGAAGGAUUAGAGGAAAGAAGCCCCCUCCUGGACAAUGUAACAAGGAGGACGACUCUGACUGCUGCAAAGCUGGAAAAAUGUACCCAACAUACACAUGCUCACCACCAAUGUCGGGUAACACCCAGGCAUACCUCACUCUCAACAGCUUUGAGGCAGGCGGUGACGGAGGAGGACCAUCCGAAUGUGAUGGCAAGUACCACAAUGACAACACUCCAGUUGUGGCAUUAUCUACCGGAUGGUACAAUGGUGGAUCAAGAUGCCUUAACAAAAUCAAGAUUAACGGUAAUGGGCGCAGUGUGGUGGCCAUGGUGGUGGAUGAGUGUGACUCGACUGAGGGAUGUGAUGCGGACCAUGAUUAUCAGCCUCCUUGUCCCAACAAUAUUGUUGAUGCCUCCAAGGCCGUCUGGAAAGCUUUGGGUGUAUCUGAGGACAAUUGGGGCGGUUUGGAUAUCACAUGGUCCGACGCUUAGUUAUAAUAUUAGAGUUUGUCCAGCUAAUAAUUUGCUUCCCAGCCUUAUACAAAUGAUAAGGGCAUAAACAUGUUACAAUUCGACAUGAUCGCGGAACUGCAAAUUUCCUAGCAGAACUUUAUCGUGUUAAUGAUGAAGCUGCUCUAAUGAGUUUGGUUUAAUAGAGGAACCAAAAUGGGGUCACCUUAUGGAAUUGCAUACUGCAGUGAAGUUAUCCUCCCGUCCUCUACUUAUUUCUGGAUUCGGACAGUUUCAAACCAAAAUCUGAAGAAUGUGCUACUUUCUUGGUGAACAAUGGCCCUAUAGAUGCCUCCUCAAUCUAUGUGUUAAUUCUGAGAAUGCUGUCUCUUGUGCUUCUUGAGGUUCCUUUGUUCGGUCUUUGUGGUUUCAUAUAUUGUGUUUUAUAAUUGCUUUGUGCUGU